AUGGGCGCCAAUAUAGCUGCAUCGACGGACGAUAAUAUGGAGCGCCCCGCGAAACGACAGCGCCUCUCUUUGCCAUCGGGCUCCCCAGAAGAGGUGACUGAGGAGUGGGACCUCCAGGCAGCACGCGCCCAAAAUGACAUGCGGCUAAAAUCGAUUUUCGAAGGGAUUUUCUCCAAAUACGGCAAAGACUUUACGGAUGUAGGCGAUGAGAUUGAUUUACAAACUGGGAAGAUUGUGGUCGAUAAUGGCCACCUAUCGGGGAUGCGCGAGGAGGUCGACAUUGGAGACGAACGGGCACGAGCGUGGCUCUAUGAGGAUGAUUUGUCAGAGGAUGAUGCAGAAGAGCAUGACAUAGAUGAGCGCCAGGAACCUUCUAUGCAGAGCCACUCGCAAGACGAAGUACCAUGCAGUUCCGGUGCUGAUGAUCAGACCGCCAGUGCCUGGGCUUCAACAGCGCAUCAUCAACUUGCCGAGAUAGACAACAAACCUGUUGUGCAAUCAUACAACGCUCCAGACCGAUUCGAAAAUGACCCGCCAUUGGAUCCUGUUUGGCAAGCCCCCGAAUUGCCCGCUUUCUUCUCCACGCCCACGGCCGAAACAAGGCGGAAGGGGGGUCCGAAACUUCCACAUCUCGAAAGGGAAGCAUCUCCACCAGGGUCUGGCUCUUUAUGGAGCGUGCCUCGACGAGGGCGUCCACGUACAGAAGUUAAACCCAAAUCAACGCCGAACAAAAGCCGGCUCCGGGCGAAACGAAAGUAUCAUUCCAGUCCUGUGGCGCACGACUGGUCAUUUGCAGCCACGCCAGAUGGAGAUGAAUCAGACGACCCGCUUCAAGAUUUUCAACCUUCGCCUUCUUUGAAGAGCGUGGCGAGGAAUAUACGCGGAAAACGGAUGCAGGCUUCGGCUCGUACAGCUCGCCUACAAUCGCCCGAUGCACGACUCCCGCCUCGCCCAUCCCCGCCUGGCCAAUCGGCUACGGAAGCUAAAGAUAACAAUAAACUUCAGAACCACGCGAGAAAUGCUGCAGAAAGCCAUGUGGCAUUCGACGCCUCCAAUUUACACGAUGAUUUUGAUGCACAUUCCCAGUCCCACGUUUUUUCUUCUACCAUGGCCUCGGAAAACCCCGUCAAAUCAAAGCGAGGGAUGACGCCCGACGACGCCAAGCUAGUGGUUCGCAUGAGGCACAUCCAAAAGAAAAAAUGGAACGAGAUUCACGACCUUUUACCUCAUCGGAGUAGGUCUCAAAUUUAUCAAUGGAAUUUAUCUCAUUGGACAGAUCGCCGCGCAAAUCCCCCUCAGCUAUCUGCUCCGUGGACCCAGUCCGAGCUUGAAACCUUGGAAAGUCUGAAAGAUGAAUCUGGUCUGACAUGGCUGAAUAUUACAAAUAGAAUGCCACAGCGUACCAAAGCGGAAAUUGAGUUUGAGAUGCUCAGGCUUUGGGUUGGAGAUGAUGCAUGGCAUGGCCAUGUGGCCAGAGUGCCCGAGCGGGAAUCUGAGCAGAACCAGGAAGUCGGUAGGGUUGAGCAGGUACAUGAGACAGAGCAGAUUGUUCCUUCUGUCGAGGAAGUUGACUCCGAGGCUUCUGUGGAGACUUCCUCCGAACCUUCUGAGCCGGGUUCUUUUAUGGAAAAUGAGCAUCCUCGGGUAUUUGAGGAUCUCGUUGAUGACAAUGAUGACUUAAUCGACAACAUCAGUAACGCAUCAUCACCUUCCAAGCUGUCUGCCAUCUACCUUGAUAGUCCAACUGCAAGCCAGCGGGGAUCUAGGACACCGAAGAGAGCGUCCCCAGCCAAGCAGUUAAAGUUCACAAAUUGA